AUGGCUUCUGUUAUGCUGUUUGUGGUUUUGUGUUGGAGCUCAGCCGUGAACGCUUACUAUGAAUGCAAUGAGGAGUUGGUGCACUAUUCUAAGUUACGCGCUUCUUCACAACUGAAUCAAGAGCGGAAUCCAGAUAAAGCUGUGCGUGACAGCGGCAGCUCAUGGACUGCCGGAGUAUCCGACUUCAGCCAAUAUAUCGAGAUCGAUUUGAAAGAAAUGAAAACCGUCCACUACAUCGAAACUUACGGAAAACAGUACACCUCCGAAUACGUGCAAGAGUUCCGAAUCUAUUUCGGUAACAACGGAGGAGAUUUCCAGGAAUACAAAGAUCGAGAUGGAAAUACUAAACUGUUCGAUGCCAAUCGGGAUGGAGACUCUCCGGUGAUAAACUACUUCGACAUCCCGAUAAUAGCGAGAUAUAUAAGGGUCAAUCCCACGAGAUGGAGGGAUAGAAUAUCGAUGAGGGUAGAGCUCGUGGGGUGUCAGUAUGAAGCCGAGUCCCUGAAUUUCGAUGGUCAGGCUUACGUGAUGAAAAUGCUGCGUCGGCCGAUAUCUUCGUUCGAAGAUCGAAUCAGUUUUCGUUUCCGGACCAAUUAUCCGAAUGGUCUCCUUCUGUACUCCCGCGGAACGCAGCGGGAUUUGUUCUCGCUUCAGCUGGUCGAAAAUCAGCUGAAACUCAACCUCGAUCUCGGGGGUGAAGGCCUCAUUUCGUCCGUGCUGGUCGGCACGCUUCUCGAUGAUAAUCUAUGGCACGACGUGGCCAUACACCGCAACCGAUCGGAUAUCAUAUUCUCAGUCGACCGGGUUGUCGUACAGAACGUGAUCAAAGGCGACAAUAUAAAGUUGGAUCUGAAUCGUGAGUUCUUCAUCGGUGGAUUGCCGUACUUCAGUCAGGAAGGCGUCGAGGUCACGAAAAACUUCACCGGCUGCAUCGAGAACCUCUACCUGAACAAGACCAACAUCAUACGCGAGAUCAAAGAAGAUUAUCGCGGCUGGGAUUAUCAAACUUUCGGGGAGACUCUGUAUUCGUGCCAGUUCGAGCAGGUGAUACCUGUGACAUUCGGCUCCGACGCUUCGUACAUCCGUGUCGGUGGAUACAUGCAGCGUCAAAUGAACACUUCUUUCGACUUCCGAACAUUCAAUGAAGACGGCAUGCUUCUAUACAACAAAUUCUCCGGAGAUGGUCACGUGAUGCUCUACUUGGAGAAAGGUCUCAUAAAAAUCGAGAUUCAAGGGAAGAAUACGCCUAUCGUCAUCCUGUCGCCCUUCGACGACAAUCUCGCGGACGGUCGCUGGCACCAGACCAUGCUGAUCCUGCAGGAGAACCGCAUCGAACUUCACAUCGAUAGGCUGCCCUCCAUCACGACAAGGCGCUUCUCGAUGGAGACGGGGCAGAACUACUUGAUCGGUGGCGGAGUUUACGGCAGACGAGGAUUCCUCGGCUGCAUGAGAUUCCUGUAUAUCGAGGGACGAUACAUAAACCCCUUGGUGUUGUCCCCGGACCAAUAUUUCGACACCGUGGUGUUCGACGCGUGCACGAUGGUCGAUCGAUGCAAUCCGAAUCCCUGCGAGCACGGCGGUUCCUGCAAACAGAGCUGGGACGAGUUCUUCUGCGACUGUUCGAAGAGCGGCUACGCCGGAGCUGUCUGCCACAUUUCGAGACACCCGCUGUCGUGCGAAGGAUACCGCAUUGAGCACCCCAGAGAAGUGGAGAAAGAUCUGCACAUCGACGUUGACGGCAGUGGGCCGCUGAAACCGUUUGAGGUUCAGUGUAUUUUCCAUCCCGAUAACCGAACGGAAACCGUCAUCCAUCACAAGGCUGAACACUCGGUCGAGAUCAUCGGCUAUCAGGGUCACGGAUCCUUCGUGCAAGAUAUUGUUUACGCGGCCCCGCUCGAGCAGAUCGUGCAGUUGGUGAACAGAUCGACCUUCUGCCGCCAAACGCUGAGGUACGAUUGCUUCAACUCGAAACUUUUCGACACUCCCACCGACGAGCUCGGAAACUUCCAUCCCUAUGGCUGGUGGGUGAGCCGGACAAAUCAGGCCAUGGAUUAUUGGGGCGGUUCCAUACAAGGAUCGAGGAAAUGUCAAUGUGGUCUGACGGAAAUUUGCGAAGACCCAUCGAAGUGGUGCAACUGUGACGCCGGCAUAAACAAAUGGCUUCACGACAGCGGGGACUUGACAGAUCGCAACAGUCUCCCGGUCCGACAGCUGCGCUACGGUGACACCGGCAGCGUCGGAGAUAACCGGAUGGCGAGGAGCACCCUCAGCGCGCUUCACUGCGAGGGAGACAGUCUUUUCGAUAAUCUCAUAACGUUCAGAUACUCUGACGCAACGGUGGAAAUCCCUCACUUCGAGUGGAGGCAUUCGGGCGACAUAUACUUCCAGUUCAAGACGACAGCCGAGAACGGGAUCAUGGUGCACUCCAAGGGAUACCAGGAUUUCAUAAAGAUCGUCCUAGUUGGUGGUGAUCAAAUUCAAUUUCAAUAUCAAGCUGGGAACGGGUUAUUGGGUGUCAGCGUGGAAACUUCCUAUAAACUGAACAACGACGAGUGGCAUUCCGUUCACGUAGAGCGAAACCGCAAGGAAGCUCGGAUUAUAAUUGAUGGUUCACAAAGUGCUGAGGUCAAGGAAAGGCUCGAUCGAGUCCGACCCUUCAAUUUGACGUCCCGUCUCGUGAUCGGAGCUUCUGUGGACUACAAAGAAGGCUUCGUGGGCUGUAUGAGAUCGUUCUUGAUGAACGGAAAACUCGUCGACCUCAGAAAGCAGGCCGAGGAAGGCCUCUACGGGGUUUCUGUGGGCUGCAUCGGGAAAUGUCUGUCCAAUCCGUGCCAAAAUAAUGGAAUCUGCCUCGAAGGAUAUUCGCAUUACACCUGCGAUUGUCAGUGGACUCCUUUCAAAGGUCCCAUCUGUGCCGAUGAGAUCGGUGUCCACCUUCGAUCGGAUUCCUUCGUUAGAUACGACUUCGAGACUACUGUGUCGACCCUUGAGGAAUUUAUUCGAGUCGGAUUCACAACAACGGAGCAUCAGGGACUCAUUUUCGGCAUGUCGUCGAAAUCUGGCGAAUAUUUGAACCUGAUGAUGUCGACUUCCGGUCAUCUCCGUCUCGUAUUCGACUUCGGCUUCGAACGGCAGGAACUCAUCGUCAGGAACGAAAAUUUCGCGCUGGGCCAGAUCCACGACGUCCAAAUCGUACGAUCAGACAAAGGGAGGAGAGUCUCGAUCUACGUCGACAAUUACCCACCGCAAAUUUACGUGUUCAACGUGGGCCACAAAGCCGACGCUCAGUUCAAUGAGCUGCAGAGCAUAUACGUCGGCCGUAAUGAGUCCAUGAAUACGGGAGAAGGUUUCGUCGGCUGCAUUACACGCGUGCAAUUCGAAGAUCACGUCCCCCUAAGGAGGCUGUUCCAAGAGUCCAGACGUUCCAACGUUCACGCCAACCCAGACAACCUUAGAGAAGACACCUGCGGCAUCGAAGCGGUAACUUAUCCGGAAGAGGGUAGCGAAACCAGACCGCCGCCAACGUUGCCUCCCGGAGUCUUCAGAGAGAUUUAUAGACCAGCUCUGAAUGAAUCCGCCAUCUUGGGUAUAGUGUUGGCUGUGUUGUUCGCCGCACUCAUAAUUAUGUGUUUCAUACUCUCGAGAUUCAUCGCAAGGCACAAAGGCGACUACGUUACCCAAGAGGAUCAUGGCGCCACCGACGCGCCCGAUGCUGACACUGCCGUGAUGCAUGCCAAGACUGGUCACCAUGUAAUUAAGAAGAAGGAGUGGUUCCUUUAGGGAGUUCGAAACAUACAUUCCCGUCGGUUUCGAGCUGAGUGACCGCAUCUCUGGGAUGGCGCUCGGAGGCCGUCACCUCCUA